UCGGCUCAGGCAGCGGCAGCAGCAGCAGCGCCAUGUCCGGCAGAGGCAAGGGCGGGAAGGGGCUCGGCAAGGGGGGCGCCAAGCGGCACCGCAAGGUGCUGCGCGACAACAUCCAGGGCAUCACCAAGCCGGCCAUCCGGCGCCUGGCGCGGCGCGGCGGCGUCAAGCGCAUCUCGGGGCUCAUCUACGAGGAGACGCGCGGCGUGCUCAAGGUCUUCCUGGAGAACGUGAUCCGCGACGCUGUCACCUACACCGAGCACGCCAAGCGCAAGACGGUCACGGCCAUGGACGUGGUCUACGCCCUCAAGCGCCAGGGGCGCACCCUCUACGGCUUCGGCGGCUAAAGCGCGCAGGCAGCUCUCGGACCCUCUCGACACACCCCAAAGGCUCUUUUAAGAGCCGCCCACUUUGUCUUCAGAAAGAGCUGUGUCGUCUUUGUUUCGUGUUGUGAAACCUUAGCCGCGUACAAAAUCUUGAUUCUUUUAACAU